AUGGAGAAACCAAGCCGAACCAACAGAGACCGUGAUCCAUCUCCGCCAUCGUUAUUGAUUGCUGCGCAUUGUUCAACUAUUCGACGAAAACCGGAUCGUCUAGACACGAAAGAGCUAUCAGCGAUCUUGGAUGACCUCGUCCGCGAAUUGAAUUCCAGUCCAUUACGUAUUACAACGUAUUUGAAUUCAUUAAAUGAAUCGGUGAAGACCUUAAAUGCAACAUUUCCACCUGCCUUGUUAAAAAUCCCAUCGCAUUAUUUUUUUACGCUUGUUCGAAAUCGCAUUCGACAUCUUCUCGAACAGCUAUGUGCAACGAACCGUUUGAGCGAUCAAGAGAUUUAUGUUCUGAGAAAUUGCGCGAUACUCCUCCACGAUCUUGUUGAGCGCGUUGACGACGUUUCGAAAAUUUUACAUUGGGUAUCCGAUGCAACAUUUCUCGAGUCGUUAGGAAACACUUUGAAUUACAUGAGCAAAGGCUUGAAAAACAGCCCAAAUCGAAAUAUAAUCAAACAAUUGACGCGUCUAUUAAGUUUGUUCUGUGAUAUUCAAGAACGUCUACCAUUGCCAUUGCACCAGACGUUAUUCGAACGACUGCUUCAACCAACGAUUAACAGUUUAAUAUCGCCACAGUAUGUGAAAUUGUUUCAAAAUUUAAAACACGAUGCACCGAGAUUUACAGAAGAACAAAAAUUAUACUUGAUACGUUGUCCACACUUUCUGACCAGUUAUAACGGUCCGUAUAUCGAAAGAUUGAUCGAACAAAUUUUAGAAAAGAUGUUACCACGUUAUGUUUCAAUAUUGAACAAACAUAUGAAAGCAGUCAAUGAAUGGCAUCGUCCAAUGAUGCGUGCUGUACAUAAUCUUAUCAUAACGAUAAUCUAUGCUGAAGAUUAUUUUUCUUUGCAUGCGAAAAACGAGUCAUUUCGAGCCUUGAUCGAUCAUCUUCUGCAAUUGCUCGGUGAGCCAGUGUUGAUUAAUAAAAUCAGACCUGAUACGAAAAACAUGGAAUCCUUGUUGAUUGAUGCCACACUGAUUGUGUUCAGUAUAUUAGUUUACGAACCGGAUGCAUUAGAUUACAUGAAACAACGAAAUGCAGCUGAUACGUUUCGGAAAUUAUCAGCCGUUCCAUCGGAAACAAUCGUUCUGAAUUCCUAUAUGUUAUUAGCUUGUACAAUGUCGGAUAAUGACAUUCAAACAUCACAAGAUGACUUGCCUAAAUUGCUUUCGAAUACCAUCAGUUUAUUAGAUAAAAAUAUUCGAGUACGUCACGAAGCAAGUCAUAAUCAGAAUAUCAAUCCGGAGAAUGCAGAUCGAAGUAUUUUGCAACUGGUGGAAACAUUGAAAAGUUUGGCGUUUCAUGAUCAAAUUAAAGCCGAAGUUGUAAGUAAAGGACUAAUCCCCGUUCUGUAUGAUUACUACGAGAAAUUAUACGGUUUAUCCAAAGAAGUUUUACUUGAAUGUAUAUGGACAUUAUCAUUUAAUGAGCAAAUUGCCCAACAAUUACGCGAUCAUGCACAACUUCUUCAUUCUCUACAAAGUAUACCAAGAAUUGUCGAUCCUAAUCUGCAGCAGAAUACAAUACGCCGUUCGCAUAGCUAUAGUAGUCUUCGUAAUAGUGGUUUUACAGUCUCGAACGAAGCAACAAGCAAUGGAAUGCGAAAAAUGGCAGACGGAAUCAUCUGGAAACUUCUCAGAGAAUCGUAUUUUCGAAAGGAAAUAGCUGAGAAAAGACAACAACAAAAUGAAACGUAUACGACUUCUGAUAAUCUCAAGAAUAAAUAUGAUAUGAUGAUAUCAUUUGCCUAUACUGACAAAGAUGCGGUUUAUCGAAUUCAACAACAGCUUGCAGAUCAUGGGUAUAAUAUCUGGUAUGAUCGUACUCAUCAUCGGAAAGGAAUGGAAAUUGUCGCCGAAGCUAUAGAAAAUUCGGAGUUGGUUAUUCUUUGUGUAUCGGAUUCGUUCAAACGAGAUAAUAACUGCCGAUUGGAAGCAGAAUUCGCAUCUAGCAUAAAACGACCUAUCAUUGCCUUGAAUCUACGAUCUGGAUUUAGACCUGAUGGAUGGUUAGCUCCCAUUGUAAAUACUAGUAUAUAUAUUGAUUUUGCAGUACUCGAUUUCAAGGCAGCAACUAAAGUGUUGCUAAAAGAAGUCAAACAACAACAGCAGCAGCAGCAGCCACAGGAGCAUAAGAAACAAUUAUCAGAUGUUAAAUCGAAACCAUUCGCCUCAAUUAGCACACUUCAGAACCCUCCAAUCCUCUUGCCUGUCGUUGAUAAGCCUCAUUUACCUAAUGAUUUUUCACGAACAAAUAUAGUAAAUAGCUUUGACUCGACAAUCUAUCAAGCGCCUCUUAUCAAUAGACAGCAGUUGCAGCAGCCGCCACAACAAAUAAUAAGACAAUCGAAUUCGCAUACAUCACCCUUCGACUAUUUAUCUCGCGAUCCACCAAUUGGCGGUAAUAAGCCGCAACGUUCCGAACUACCCAUGCAAUAUGUGACUCGAUCGUCAACAUUUGGCUCUCUUGGUUCCUUAGCCUCGGGUCAAUUCGAUCGAGAUCAUCACCCAAUAUCUGUCCGCUCUGUGUCAAGAUCUCCAACACCUGGUUCCAUGUUUGCUAAUCCCUCUGGUGAUGCUAGUAGACAUGAACGUUCAGCUCUAUCAGCGCUAAAUAUCUCAAGAUCAUCCACAUCUGGUUCGAUAGGUUCUUCGGCAUCUGCCAUCUUCGAUAAAGACCGACGAACGCCAGCUCCUCCUCGCUCAAGAACUCCGUUACAUAUUUCGUCGUCAGCCACCGCAAAUGCAGUGAUUCAGAAGCAGCAACAGCAAUACCAACAACAGCAGUAUCAGCAACAACAAUAUCGACAACAGCAACAACAACAACAACAACAACACCACCAGCAGGAGCAGCAGAAAUUGCGACAUUCAGAAGCUUUAGCACAUUCCAUUUCUAGAUCAUCAACACCAGGUUCUGCUGCGUCCGUUGCCUUGGGUACAUUCGAUAAAGAACAACAACAGAUGUCGAAUCACUCCGCUUCACGAUCACCGGCAUUGGGUGUGAAUAGUAAUGAAACACCCCACCUAAUUAAUGGCGCUUUUUGUCAGCAACAACAAACAUCAACGCGAUCUCUCUCUGCAUCACCCGUUCUGAGCUUUUUUUCUUCUCAUCCAGCUGCAUCUGAACAACAACUACAGCAAGCGAAAUUGACUAAUGGUAUAACUGCAUCUAUGGCAACGAUCAAUACGGAACAACCACCGCAAACAACCCUAACAUCUGUUUCUGUUCCAUCAGCUGAUGCGCUUGUCUAUGAAAAGCAGCAGGCACACAUUUCACUCUACUCUUCACAUCAACCAUCAAUGUCAUCAAUGGGCUCAUUAAGUAGACCGGUUGAUCACAACCCACAACAAUAUGAACGUUCAACAAAAUCACCCGUCGGUGCUACUAUGUCUAUGCACGAUUCAAUCGAUAUUGAAAAACAACGACAAGAUCAUUCAAAGAUGUACAACGACGUAUCAGCCACUAUAGCUACCAAUAACUCCCGACAAUAUCAGUCUCCGAACCAUUUGCUGCAGAUGACAACAAGAAACGAAACUGUCUGUUCCGCUACAUCUAUUCGUACGAAUACUCAACGACAAUCAGCACAAAUUCAAACACUGUCACGGUCCUCAUCGUCGGAUUCAAUUUCCUCCGAUAUAUCUGUCACACUCGAUGAGUCACAAACAGCCAAAUAUGCAGUGAUACAGCCGUCUGUGACCAAUAAAUUAUCUAACACCACGUCCAAACAGCAAAAGAAGCCGCAGCAGUCUCAGCAGCAGCAACAACAACAACAACAACAGCAGCAGCAGCUACUGCAGCAACAUCAACAGCAGCUACUGUUGCAGCAACAUCACCGACAACAACAACUUCAAAAACAGCAACAACUGCUGCUGCAGCAGAAUCAACAAAGCCAGCGAACUUCCCUUCUCUCUUCAUUGCAAUCAACAACUAGCAAUCAAACGUCUUAUGCUGCAUCAAGUAUUAGCGAUAAACAACGACCUCAAACACAGGUACGCACUCUUCCUCAAGUACCAAUCAAAGCAUCUGCCUAUAUGAAUUUAUCUGCACCUACUAACAUCUACAGCAAAAUACAGCAAGCUUCAAUGAAACCCCCACCCCCUUCGUUAAUAUCUAAUGCGAAAUCAAAUGGCAUAUCUAUUCCGUUCGAUAAAUUACAGGUACAACCGCAAGCAAUGUCAAGACAGCCUCAGUUACAAGCAUAUCCGAGCCAUAUGAUUGCAUCAACCUCAGCAACAAAUUUUGACAAACGCCUACUCUCCAAUGGAACAUAUCAUUCUGCGCAAGCAUUGAAUAAUGGUCUAAAACCUCCUACUCGAUUCUUGACUGAUGAUAGAUUACCUCAACAGCAAACGCGGAUAGUUUCCAUUCCACGGUCAGCAACAUUUGACUCCAUCCCUACCGCUGUUAGCAACGGAACACAGCAACAGCAAUACCAGCGCUAUCAACAGCAACAAAUGCAACGAAAUCCGAUUUCUCACUUACCACCAAACCAUAAGACGACGUUCACAACAUCUAACAUUGUUGCUGAUAUGCCACCACGAAUCCCAUCGAUGCGUCAUACUGCACGGCCACCUUUACCUAAUAUCACACCCAAUGGUUCUUCCAACAACGCGAACAGACAACAGCAGCAAGCUAAUGCGAUCUCACCAUUUCGACCAUCGAAUCCUAUUCCUGUACGUUCUGUAACACCAUCUGCAGAUGAAAGACAACAAACAAUCGGGCGACCUAUGUCGCAAACACCAACCGAUAGCAAGAUCAUAUCUACUGUAGGCAAUAGUACGUGUAGAUCGCAAGAACAAUUUUCUGUGUCUUCUAAUAAAAUUGACGGCGGUAAAAACCAAGAUCAAUCGAUUACAACUAAAUGCAAUUCACGCCCUACAUCACCUAUGCAGUCUUCUCUCAGAACAGUACUACCCACAAUAUCAGGUGGCUCCAAUAAUCAACAAUCAACGUUACCAGAAGAAUAUACUAAUCGUAGCACCGAUAACUCAUCUUACCGUAAUCUUUCGAUAAAUGCAUGGAGGCCUACAGACGUACUGGACUUUUUGUCCGAUUUAAAUCUCUAUCAGAUGAUGCCGUUAUGCGAAGCUAUGUCGGGAAAAGCUUUAACUCGUCUCUUUCGAAUGUGUCAAGCAAAACCUAGUCGCCUUUACGAUCAACUAAAUGAUGAAUUACGCACGCGUUUCAAAAAUAUUGCACUACCUAUGGGCGUCUAUACUCAAUUUCUCAUCGAGAUGGACGGUGUGGUGGGUCCAACACCUGACUCUCUUCUUUCAUUAUCUCCACCGAAACCAAGCAUAGUCGAACGUGUUAUUCUGGCACCACGUUCGCAACAGCAAGAAUCAACAAACACACAAGAAACAUCGAAAGAUCCACAUAAUGGUCUAAGAUCUGUUACACCGAGCGAGAGAACGGCUCAAUCAACAACAUCUGUUCAGACACGAAUCGUUGAACGAGCAGUUUUUCGACCGGCAUCUGCCGUUGGACGUCCAUAUGAUUUCAUUGUUGAGUCUGUUGAAGAAUCGACAGAACUACUUGACCAAGUGUCUCGUUAUGGAGAUCAGUUGCUUACAUUCGACGAUGUUGCUCAACAAUCAUCACAACAGCAACAGCAACAAGAAGAAAGAAAAAACAAUGUUGAAUAA